AUGAUUGGACAGUCUGUGCAAAGGAAGCUUGUCAAAGGCACCAGUCAGUUUUAUAUGCGCUAUAACCCUAAGACAGUCAUACCACCAGUUGCCAAUCGAUAUAUCCUCUCUGAGACACAUCCCAUCCGACCCAAGAUCCAACAUCUGUACGCCAACCGGGAUCCUAAUACACUAUGGUGGAGAGUAAAUCCACAGCCGCUGCAGUCAUUUAAGCGAGUGGUUCGCUCGUGGGGUAUGAGGCGAGCGCGGUUGGCGUUCCGGCAGGCCCUAGCAGCACAAGGAUUCGACGCCGAAGGUAGAAGGUUGGUGUCGGGGACCUCAGGAUCUUCGACUAUGAGACCACCAAAUGACGGUCUCAAAGGCAGCCUCGAGAUCGCUGUCUUGCCGCAGAGUGUGAAGGUGGGAUACGACGCUGUUCAAAAGGAGAUGGACUAUCUCAUCGAAUUCCCCUCCGUCCUCCUCCCGAACAACAUCACAUCCGGCAGCAUCGUCGACAUCACAGUAUCGCGCAAUCACGCCGCCGAGGCCGCGAGCACAUCAGCCUUCCAAGCGCUACAGAAGCGAAUUCUCAACACCUACGGCGUCAAGACCCCCGCUCCGCCUGUCCUCCGCCUCCGUAACGCAACACAAACCUCCCUAGUCCUAGAAUGGGACCCGAUCGACCUGGCCACCGCAUCCCUCAAGUCGCUUUCUCUCUACCGUAAUGGCUCAAAAGCUGGUUCGAUACCCAGGCCGCUCGAGACGCGAAGCACCAAGAUUAGCGGUCUCGCCAUCGACACGGAAUAUACCUUCCACCUCGUCCUGCGCACAACGGCCGGCACAUAUCAAUCGGAGAAACUGACAUGUCGGACGCACAAGAUGACCGAUCUAUCCGGUAUCACGGUUACCCCUGGCGUCCUCCCAGAACAGCAGAAGGACGCGCUCGCCGCGGCAUUGGAUCGCAUCGGCGGCAAGCUGAUCGACACAGUCCGCAUUGACACCACCCACUUUGUAUGUACAGAAGGCAGAGGCCCCCUGUGGGAGAAAGCGGUGGAGAUGAACAUCCCCGUCGUGGUACCGGAGUGGGUUGAUGCCUGUGAGGCGGAGGGCACCAUCGUCGGUGUCCGGGGCUACUACCUGAACGCAGACCCGAAGGCCAGACAGCUCGGCCCCAUUCACGCCUCAACACAUCAACAUACCAGAUCCUCCGUGUCGAUGGCCACCAAUGCGCCGUCUCAGUCCCAGCCCCAAUCCCAGUCUCAGAGUAGACUCAGCCUCCAGCCUCAACCUGCGCACCAGAGGGAAUUGAGCGUCGGGGAGCCGCCUGUGACUCCCUUCCCCGGCGCGGAUAUGAGUGGCCAGCCUCGAGCGGAUGAGAGAGAGGUCUCGUCAGAUGAAGAGGAAUCGCCGCCGUCUCCUCCUCCGAAGGAUGAUGCUGUAGAUGCGGGACCAACACUGAACGGCAAAUCUGAGUCGACAAGCCCGGCGGAGGUUGCCUUUCCUGGAAAAAAGGAGGAACAAAUUGACGAGAAAGACGGCGCAAAGGAUAAAGAUGAACUCGCACACGAACAGGCAGAAGAAGAGCAGGAACAGGAAGAACCAUCGACUAACGACAGCGGCGCGAAGGGUAAGGGGAAGGAAGGCGAGGGGGACUUCAGCGAGGUUACUCUGUGA